AUGGAGUCAAAGAUCUUUCGUGAAAUCGAUGGGAUCAAAGAGAUCGUGUACCAUCUCUUCAAGGACGAGCCUCGUUUCAAGCACGACCGUCAUUGUCAUUCAUGGUGCUCCCUCGCUGCUUUCAGCUACGGGCCGGAACCAAAGGACUGGAAAUUUACAUGGGAGUUACAGUGGGAGGAAAUGGUUGGUCAAUUCUGGGAACUGAUUGAUAAUCCGCCUCUAAAAUUGCCUGGCGCGUGGGUUGACUGA